AUAGGGGCACGGGGGACUCCUCCUUCCCCCCACCCCCGCCCAGCUGAUGGGGAGAAACUGACCCCCCCCCCAGGGAUCAGGCCUACAAGGAACCAGGGAGAGGGCACUUUUAUGCGGGAAGAUACAGUAGAAACCUAGCCCGUGCUGCUAUUGCCCCCUCCCAGAAAUCACCCCCCACAUUUGGGGUAGGGGGCAGCUGGGUAUUGCCCCAGGGCAAGGACCAGCUGCUGCUUUGAACCACCUCCCAUAAGGCAACAGCUCUGGCAUUACCAUAUUUUCCCAUGUAUAGCGUGCACGUGCCUGCCCCCCCAUAUUUUGAGGCGGGGUGCACGAGGGGGGAAUCUGGUUUCUUGCCCCAGAGGGAAGCCCCCUUGCUGUCAUCCCCAUUGCGGCAGCUGUGUUAUUACCGCAUUUUCAUGCAUAUAACAUGCGAUCCCUGCCCCCAACUCAGCCCCCACAAGUUUGGAGGGUGCAUAUCAAGCAGGAAAGCUGAUUUUUUUGCCCCACAGAGAAACUCUCCUGCCUUGAUCCCUGCAGUGCAGCCUGGGCGUUACCGUAUUUUCUGACGUGUAAUGCACACCUGUCUCCCAGAGGCGAGCAAAGGGGCCUGUUGUGCGCUAGAAAAUACAGAAGCUAGAGCAUGCCGAAGUAGGGGUGGCUACGGCCCUCCAGCCUUUGGAAGAAUACAGGCCUGACUAAUUCACCCAUCGUAUUUCUUUGGCUUCGGAUACAACUUCUAAACCGCUUAAAAAAGGGGAGACACGGACAGCAAACGAUCAUAUUUAUUCAUGUAUCACAUGCCUGUCACUGCAGCCCACAUCUUCAUUGGGAAAGGAGGGUGGGGGGAAGUUUCCCAUGUCACUGCACUCUCCAGCAUCCAUUUCCAGCUCCAUUCCCUGAGUUUUGGGGGGAAAGAGGCGCGUGGUAGGUGAGUAAGUAAGGUGCCUCCCCUUGCCGCUUUUGGGAGGGGCACGGCUGAAAGGAAAAGGCUGAAUGGUUGGGCUCAGAGGUGCUGGGGGGUGGGAACUCUUUUUUCUGCCUCUUCCCAAAUGAGCCACAUGCGUGAUUUAAAGGGGAGACGCGUCGUACGCUAGAAGCUACGGCAGAGCCCGGCAAUGGCGGCUGGCAGCAGCUACGCCGCCGUCCGCGACCACCGCCAGGAGCUCGUGGACAUCAUCGGGCGCGAUCCCGAGAACACCCUGGACGAGCUGGUGGCCCAGUCGCUCCUCAGUGAGGACGAAUACGACGCCCUCAACCAGACGCCGGGGGCAGGGCCCAAGGUCAGGAAGCUGCUCAUUUGCAUUCAGAAGAAGGGGGAGGCGGCUUGCCGGGCCCUCCUGGAGCAGGUGGACGCCCUCUUCCCAGGCUCCGUUCAGGCCUUGCUGCACCCGCCGCUUCCCCGGCCCUCGCUCUACGAUUUCUACAACCCCGAACGAGACGCGCAGCCAUCGCGAUUCUCUGAGCGCCAGGAGAGGGACUGUGUCCACCCCGAACCAGCUGCAGGAGCAGGAGAGCAGGAAGAAGAAACGCCAAGAGACAAGGAGGGGGAGGAAGACAAUGAGGGGGAUCCCCAGGAGGAAGGGGAAGGGGCUGAGGGGGAAGCAGACACAGCCCCGGACCCGGAGGAAGAGGAGGGCGGAAGCCCAGAAGAACCAGAGCCAGAGCCAGAGCCAGAGCCAGAGGAAACAUAUUCAGACACCGAUUAACACCCCCCCCAAAAGAAAAAUCAACAACAAAAAUCAAAGCAUCUAGAACAUUUAAACAAGGAGAUGAAUGAGGGAGACGUGACAGUUGUAGAGAGGGAGGAAAAAAGUGAGUGUUGUAUACCAAUAAAUACAGUAACUGGCAUUAUCUGAGCAUAACACAAAGCAGCAGCCAGACCAGGAGUAAGGCCAUUCAAGCCAAUGGUGGCAUGAAUAAGGGAAAUGAGAGUCAUGAGUGGGGGGAAAGCAUGUUGUAUACUAAUAAAUACGGUAGCCGACAUUAUACACCAA